UUUAUCCGCAUCAAUUUUGACGUGACUGGAUACAUUGUGGGCGCCAACAUUGAGACCUACUUGCUGGAAAAAUCCCGUUGUAUCAGGCAGGCCAAAAUCGAGAGAGCUUUCCACAUCUUCUACUACAUGCUAGCCGGGGCUGGGGAGAAGCUGCGUGAGGAGCUGCUGCUGGAAGGCUUUGGGAACUACCGCUUCCUGGUGUCGGGCCACGUGCCCAUCCCUGGACAGCAGGACAACGAGAUGUUCGACGAGACGCUGGAGGCCAUGGCCAUCAUGGGCUUCACCCAAGAGGAGCAGACAGCCAUGCUGAAGAUAGUCUCCUCUGUCCUGCAACUGGGAAACAUUGUGUUUAAGAAGGAGAGGAACAAUGACCAGGCCUCCAUGCCAGACAACACAGCUGCCCAGAAAGUGUGUCACCUGCUGGGGAUCAAUGUGACGGACUUCACGCGAGCCAUCCUCACCCCACGCAUCAAAGUGGGCCGAGAUGUGGUGCAGAAGGCACAGACCAAAGAGCAGGCUGACUUUGCAGUGGAGGCUCUGGCCAAGGCUAUGUAUGAGCGCCUCUUCCGCUGGAUCCUGGCUCGCGUCAACAAGGCGCUGGACAAAACCAAGCGCCAGGGGGCGUCCUUCCUGGGCAUCUUGGACAUCGCGGGCUUUGAGAUCUUCGAGGUGAACUCCUUUGAGCAGCUGUGCAUCAACUACACCAACGAGAAGCUGCAGCAGCUCUUCAACCACACCAUGUUCAUCCUGGAGCAGGAGGAGUACCAGCGCGAGGGCAUCGAGUGGAACUUCAUCGACUUCGGCCUGGACCUGCAGCCCUGCAUCGAGCUCAUCGAGAGGCCGAAUAAUCCCCCUGGUAUCCUGGCCCUGCUGGAUGAAGAAUGCUGGUUCCCCAAAGCCACAGACACCUCCUUUGUGGAGAAGCUGACCAACGAGCAGGGCAAUCACACCAAGUUCCAGAAGCCCAAGCAGCUUAAAGAUAAGACGGAGUUCUCGGUGCUCCACUAUGCUGGACGGGUGGACUAUAAUGCCAGCGAGUGGCUGACUAAGAACAUGGAUCCCCUGAAUGACAACGUCACUGCCCUUCUGAACUCGUCCUCCAGCCAGUAUGUGGCUGACCUCUGGAAGGAUGUGGACCGCAUUGUGGGGCUGGACCAGAUGGCCAAGAUGUCUGACAGUUCCAUGCCCAGUGCCUCCAAAACCAAGAAGGGCAUGUUUCGCACUGUGGGGCAGCUGUACAAGGAGUCCCUCGCCAAGCUGAUGACCACCCUGCGCAACACGAGCCCCAACUUUGUGCGCUGCAUCAUCCCCAAUCACGAGAAAAGGGCGGGCAAGCUGGACGCGCACCUGGUUCUGGAGCAGCUGCGCUGUAACGGUGUGCUGGAGGGAAUACGGAUCUGUCGGCAGGGAUUCCCCAACCGCAUCGUCUUCCAGGAGUUCCGUCAGCGAUAUGAAAUCUUGGCUGCUGGUGCCAUUCCUAAAGGAUUUAUGGAUGGCAAACAAGCCUGCAUAUUAAUGAUCAAGCACCUGGAACUGGACCCUAACCUGUACCGAAUUGGCCAGAGCAAGAUCUUCUUCCGGACUGGGGUGCUCGCCCACCUGGAGGAGGAGCGGGACUUGAAGAUCACGGACAUCAUCAUCACCUUCCAGGCCCAGGCCCGUGGAUACCUGGCCAGAAAGGCAUUUGCCAAGCGGCAGCAGCAGCUGACUGCCAUGAAGGUUAUCCAGAGGAACUGUGCUGCCUACCUCAAACUGCGCAACUGGCAAUGGUGGAGGCUCUUCACCAAGGUUAAGCCCCUGCUGCAAGUGACCCGGCAGGAAGAAGAAAUGCAUCUGAAGGAAGAGGAGCUCCAGAGGUUCAAGGAGGAGUCGCAAAAGACGGUGACUGAGUUGAAGGAGAUCACCCUGAAACACUCUCAGCUGCUGGAGGAGAAGAACCAGCUGCAGGAGCAGCUGCAGGCGGAGACGGAGCUGUACGCGGAGGCGGAGGAGAUGAGGGUGCGGCUGGCCGCCAAGAAGCAGGAGCUGGAGGAGAUCCUGCACGAGAUGGAAGCCCGGCUGGAGGAGGAGGAGGACCGCAGCCAGGGCCUGCAGAUGGAGAAGAAGAAGAUGCAGCAGCAGAUCCAGGAGCUGGAGGAGCAGCUGGAAGAGGAGAGCGAAGCGAAGAGGAACCUCGAGAGGAACAUCUCCUCUCUGAAUGUGCAGCUGUCGGAGUCCAAGAAGAAGCUUGAUGAGUUUGUGGGCACCGUGGAAGCGCUGGAGGAGAGCAAGAAGCGACUGCAGCGAGAUCUGGAGGGGACCAACACACAGUUGGAGGAGAAGGCCUCGGCCUACGAGAAGCUGGAGAAGACCAAGACCAGACUGCAGCAGGAGCUGGAAGACCUGCUGGUGGACCUGGACAGCCAGAGGCAGCUGGUCUCCAACUUGGAGAAGAAGCAGAAGAAGUUUGAUCAGAUGCUUGCGGAGGAAAAGAGCAUCUCAAACAAGUACGCCGAGCAGCGGGACCUGGCGGAGGCCGAAGCACGAGAGAAGGAGACGAAGGCGCUGUCCCUGGCACGGGCUCUCGAGGAAGCGCAGGAUGCCCGCGAGGAGCUGGAGAGGAUCAACAAAGCUCUGCGGGCCGAGAUGGAAGACCUGGUCAGCUCCAAGGACGAUGUCGGCAAGAACGUCCACGAGCUGGAGAAGUCGAAGCGUGGCCUGGAGGCCCAGGUGGAAGAGAUGAAGACGCAACUGGAAGAGCUGGAGGAUGAGCUGCAGGCCGCUGAAGAUGCCAAGCUGCGGCUGGAGGUCAACAUGCAGGCUCUGAAGGCCCAGUUUGACCGAGACCUGCAGGGCCGCGAUGAGCAGGGCGAGGAGAAAAAGAGGCAGCUGGUCAAACAGGUGCGCGAGCUGGAGACCGAGCUGGAGGACGAGCGGAAGCAGAGAGCCACUGCGUCCGCCGCGAAGAAGAAGCUGGAGGGAGACAUCAAGGACCUGGAGGGCCACAUCGAGAUGGCAAACAAAGGCCGUGACGAGGCUAUCAAACAGCUGCGCAAGCUCCAGGCCCAGAUGAAGGACUUCCAGAGGGAGCUGGAGGACGCCCGCACUGCAAGGGAGGAAGUGCUGGCGACGGCCAAGGAGAGCGAGAAGAAGGCCAAGAGCCUGGAGGCCGAGCUCAUGCAGCUACAGGAGGACCUGGCAGCAGCAGAGCGAGCACGCAAGCAGGCGGAGGCCGAGAAGGAGGAGCUGGCUGAUGAGCUGGCCAGCAACACUUCUGGAAAGUCGGCACUGGCGGAUGAGAAGCGGCGUCUGGAGGCUAAAAUCUCGCAGCUGGAGGAGGAGCUGGAGGAGGAGCAGGGCAACAUGGAGAUGGUCAAUGACCGGCUGAGGAAGACUGUUCAGCAGGUGGAGCAGGUGAACAACGAGCUGCAGACUGAGCGCAGCACAUCUCAGAAGAACGAGAGCGCGCGGCAGCAGCUGGAGAGGCAAAACAAGGAGCUGAAGGCCAAGCUGCAGGAGAUGGAAGGUGCUGUGAAGUCCAAAUUCAAGGCCACCAUCACUGCCCUGGAGGCCAAGGUGCAACAGCUGGAGGAGCAGCUGGAGCAGGAGAACAGGGAAAAACAGAUCAGCGCAAAGGGCAUGCGUCAGAAGGAGAAGAAGCUGAAGGAUUUCAUGAUGCAGGUGGAAGACGAGAGGAAGCAGGCAGAACAAUACAAAGACCAGGCGGAGAAGGCCAACAUGCGCGUCAAGCAGCUGAAGCGCCAGCUGGAGGAGGCGGAGGAGGAGUCCCAGCGCAUCACGGCGGCCCGCAGGAAGCUGCAGAGAGAGCUGGAUGAAGCCACGGAGGCCAACGAGGCCAUGACCCGUGAGGUCAACUCCCUCAAGGGCAAGCUCAGGCGGGGAAACGAGCCGGCCUUCAGCGCGCCGCGGCGGGGGGCCGGCCGCCGGGGGGUGGUCGACAACGCGGAGGCUUCCGACGAGGAGGCGGACGCGCGGGAGGGAGACUUCAACGGGACCAAGGCCAACGACUAGAGCCGCCGCCGCGCCGCCCGGGCACGCUUCUCACCGCGGCAGCAAAGCAACGGACGACUUCGCCAUGGACAAGGAUUCUCCCCCCCCCCCCCCCCAAUCCCACCAGCACUGCAAGCCGAACGCGCCGCCCUGCAGCGUGCAGGGGGACCGCUGGCACCUCGAGCCAAAACCACUGUUUAUUCCGAGUGUGAGGGUUUUGUUGUGAUGUGUUCUUGUGCUUUUGCUUGUUAACACACCCCCCUACUUCCUUCUCCCCCUGGAUCCCCCACAUGGUGCCCAGAAUAAAACUUUUAAACGCAAAGGCUUUUCAUCUGUCGCUUAAAGGGGACUUAGUCUGAUUCAUGGUCUCCAUGGAGCAUCAAACCAGGUCAGAAAGGAGACCUCUUGCACAGGAGAGAUCCUAUCGCUAGAGGUGGCCCUUCCCCGGUUUUCACUUGUAGCGGAGUAGCAGUGUCUGAAGAAGGCUUGCAGGAACCUCUUCAGCCAACAUCAGAUGGAGAGGGGUGGCAAAGAUGUCUGAAACCAUAGGGCAGCACCCUGGCACGCCCAUAGUGCCUACUGUGUGCUCAGUGUUGGGCAGACGGUUAGUUAUUUCAGAUGAAUUGCCUCAUUUGUCCCAGGUUAGCAGUAACCACUUCCAGAUUGGGUGGAAACAAACCCAUAAAUGUUGAGUUCUGGUACGGGUCAUCAAAAUAAAUCAACUUGAACUGCAUGCAUGCGGUGGCUUCUUAAUGUUGCAGAAAUGAGUAAUGGCUAUUACAAAUAAACUGGAAUAGCUGGAUUUAAAAAAAAAAAAGCUAUUCAGUACUCAUUUUGUGGAAGAAUACAUCUGAGUGUACUCAGGAAGUGACCUCGUUGGUGGCUGCUAAUUACAGGCAGAUGCCAGACUGCAGUAGUGUACUGGGCCACUAGAUGGUGUUUGACUCGAGAUUAAAAGUGUGGACACGUCCUGUUCUUGGUCAUUCUCCUAAACCCAUCAUGCUCUGCAGUGGGGGGGGGGGAGGGAAAGUCCUGAAAAGCAAUGGCACAAGCCCUGAGCUUUUUAACUUGUUUUAAUUAUUUAAAAGCCCCUCCUUUAUCUGUUCAUUAUUAACUCUUAGAUCUUUUAAACUCGUGGGGCAACCUCCACAGUGGUUUGGUCCUCUUGUCCUACUGCAAUAAGACUAUCCUGCCCAUUGUUUUAAAUUUGCUGCAAUAUUAACUUACUAGUGUAUAUUUAAGUUUUUUUUGUCUCACAAUUUUAUAGAACAGGCCCUCCAUUUAGUUAUUGCCUCUACCCUGACUGUACUAAUGCCCCUCCCAGCUAAAGUCUUCUCAAUUUAAUCCUUAUGAAGUGCUUUGUCUCCCUGAAGGCCAGUCUCUUUCCACUGCCUGUGUUUCCUUGUUCAAGACUUUUCAGGGUGAAUACACAAGCCAUACACUGAUCACAGGGAAAGAUACUGUAUCUGAGUAACCAGAAUUUCACCAUUAUACUUGUUUUGACAUCUUCUGUGGCACUGGUAGCUGUGUAUUUGUGAAGCCACUUGCACAUCUAAAAAUAAAAUGUGAUCUCACAA